CCGGCGCCGGGGUCGCGCCAGACCUGCCCCCUGCCGCGGAGGAGACACCAUGAGACUGCUGACGCUGCUCCUGGGCCUGGUGGUGGCCGCUAACGGCCAGCUCAACUUCGGCGAUGACGCCUCGGCCGCCAGCCCCAUCUCCAUCUUCUUCGAGAAGGACCACUACACCAACAAGGCGAGCGAGGACGGCUUCUGCGAGGAGCACUGCGGCAGCGUCAAGAAGCCCGUGGUGACCAAGCCGGGCCGCUGCCCGCCGGUCGUGCCCGGCCAGCGGCCGCCCGGCGACUGCCGCGAUGAAUGCUUGUACGACUCCGAGUGCCCGGGCAGCCGCCGCUGCUGCUCUAACGGCUGCGCGCGCGUCUGCGUCGACCCCGACCUGCGCAAACGCUGCGAGGACAUCAGGUGCCCACCGGGCACCGAGUGCGUGGAGCACGCGUUCCGCGACGCUGAGUGCGUCGACCCGACGCCGAAGGGGGGCCGCUGCCCGGAGCCGGCGGACGGCAGCAGCCCUGUGGGCGGCUGCGAUGACAAGUGUCGCUUCGAUGCCGAGUGCGAUGGCGACGCCAAGUGCUGCAACAACGGCUGCGCGUUCAAGUGUCUGAAGCCGCGCAAGCCCGGCUGUGCCGAAACCAAGUGCAAGGUCGGCUACAAGUGCGCGGAGGACCGCUACGGCAACCCCCAGUGCAAGCCGAUCCCGUGCUACCAGGACGGCGAGGUGGUCGACAUCGAGUGCAACAGCUGCACGUGCAUCCAGGGCUUCCUGCUGUGCUCGCAGGAAGACUGCCCGCCCACCAAGCCCGGCUUCUGCCCGCGUAUCGUGCGUGGUUACCAGGGCGUGUGUGUGGAGGGCUGCACCGACGACUACAGCUGCCCGGGCGAGCAGAAGUGCUGCAGCACUGGCUGCGGCCACACCUGUCAGGACCACAUCAGGGCCAUCGUGCACCCCUGCAAGACGGUGCGGUUCCGGUGCGGCGACGAGACCCGGUGCGCGGCCACGCGCGGCCUCUGUCGGCCCGGCCGGCCGUGCCCGCUUGUGCCGCUUUGCGUCUCCAACCGGGUGCCCUACUGCGAGAGCUGUCCCAAGGGCAAGGUGUGCGUGCUGCAGAAGAGGUCGUGCCGCGGCUCCGGCAAGUGCCACCGGCAGCCCAUCUGCAUCCAGCUCUACAGCGAUGACACGCUCUUUCAGGAGAACGAGGACGUCGAGGUGGCGGUCAUCGCCAAACAGCAAGGACAGGUCAUCGACAACAGCGUGUUCUACUAAUCAGAUGUUCGCCCCAUGAAACACGGUGCUGAGAGACGGUUUUUUGUGGUUUUUGGCUCGUUUAACGACUCCGAUGAAAAUACACAGCUGUCGUCUCC